AUGCACACUCUUCCGCUGUCAUUCGCACUAUUGACAUGCGCCGGAUACUGGCGACCUAUUAACUUAACAUCUAUCAAAUAUUGGGCGUAUACUGUUUAUUCUAUUGCCAUGAAUUUUUUACUUCAUUCAUUCACAUUUUGCGGUUUAGUCGACUGUUUCAUAAGCGAAGAUCUUAAGACGUUCAUCGAGAAAUUCUCGCUAUUUCUGUCAGUACUUGGCGUUAGCUGCAAAGUGACAAAUCUGGCGGCACGUCGAGAUGAAAUCAUCAAUCUUACUGAUAUGUUGUUGGAUGAUAUCUGCGUACCCCGGAACGCUCACGAAUCGAAUAUUCAGCGACACUUCAAUCGCAAUGCAAAGAUAAUCACCAUAUGCUGCGAAAUACUAAAUGAGUCAGCUGCCUUUUUUUCGAUUGCUCAAUUUCGACAUUUUGUCAACACUCGGACUUUACCGCUCUAUGACUGGGUGCCUUAUGAUAUUUCAUCAACAAUGAUUUUUUGGGCAACUUUGUUGCACCAAACUAUCAUAAUAAUGAUUUGCGCGAAUACUAGUGUUGCCCACGAGACUCUCAUUUCUGGUUUUAUGAUCCAAAUUUGCGCCCAGUUAGAUAUACUCUGCCAUCGAGCUCGCAUACUGCCGGAUUUGUUACAAGAAGCCUGGAAAUGCAGCAUUUCGAAAGAAGAUUUCAAAAUGCGAGAACGGCAAUUAAUUCGCGAAAUUGUACAUCAUCAUCGCUACAUAUAUAGAUUUGCGGAACGCAUCAAUGCGGUAUUCACGUUAAUGAUUUUCGUGCAAUUCACCAUAAGCUCGACAGUGCUCUGUCUUUGCAUCUAUCAAAUGUUGACGACAAACUUACUAAGCGUCGAGUUUGCGUAUAGCUCGUCAUAUCUUGGUUCUAUGCUUAUACAGAUUUAUUUAUAUUGCUGGUUCGGCAACGAAGUGACACUGAAGGUCGAUUAUUUAAAUAUUCUUAAACCUUUUAAAACCACUGAAAUCGGAAACGCCGUUUACGAAAUGGAUUGGCCGAUGCUUCCAGUUGGUUUAAUGAAGACUCUUUUGAUAAUUAUUACACGAUCUGUGAAGCCAAUUAAAAUAACUAGCGGAUACAUAAUUACUUUAUCCAACGACUCUUUUAUGAAGAUCAUCAAAAUAUCCUAUUCAGCGUACAAUGUUUUGCAGGGAUCUUAA